AUGUUUCACCAGGUGCUAAUCCGCGAGGAAGAUCAACGAUACCAGUGCUUCUUUUGGACGAAUGAAAAUGGAAACCUCGCAGUGUACGCAAUGCGAGUCAUGACCUUCGGGGCGUGCUGUUCUCCGAGUAGCGCUCAAUACGUGAAGAACGUCAACGCGGAGCGGUUUAAGAAUAAAUACCCAGCCCCAUACGGAGCCAUCACAAAGUCACACUAUGUAGAUGACAUGCUGAUCAGCGUUGCCAACGAGGAAGAUGCGAUUCAGACUGCGAAGGACGUUAGAGUAGCACCAUUGAAGCUCACUUCGAUUCCUCGACUGGAGCUGCAAGCAGCGGUGAUAGGGACACGGCUUACUCAUACGAUCAUUGAGACGCUGUCUAUAAUCAUCACGAGAAAGUUCUACUGGUCGGACUCAAGGGAUGUUUUGUGCUGGAUCAACUCCGAUCAUCGACGGUACACUCAAUUUGUCGGGUUUAGAGUCACGGAGAUUCUGGAAGCUACAGAAGCGCACGAAUGGCGAUACGUACCAAGCAAGCUGAAUGUAGUGGAUGAUGGUACAAAGUGGGACGUACAGCCUGAUCUAUCUCCUGAGAGCAGGUGGUUUAAAGGACCGGACUUUCUCUGGACAACUGAGGACAAGUGGCCACAGUCAGCAAUCCGGAACGAACCGACAGACGCUGAACUCGUAGCAAAUCUUUCAGUCCACUACGCUCUCCCAAAACCAAUCGUUUGCGUCUUGGGCUACUCCAGCUGGGAACAAUUGAGAAAUGUUGUCGCACGUGUGCUACGGUUCACUACAAACUGCUGCUCCAAGCAACGGAAGCAGCCGAUUAAAACGGGACCUCUCAUCCAAAACGAACUCUACACAGCUGAAGUAUACCUGAUUCGGCUCGCACAGCAGGAAGGUUAUCCUGAAGAAUUUAUCAUCCUCCGAGGUACACCACAAAACGCAGGGGAACCAACAGCAGUGCUCCCGAGAUCCAGUUCACUGUACAAGUUGACACCGUGGCUGGACGAACAUGCAAUACUGCGCAUGAGAACUCGUAUCGCCGCUUGCCAGUACACCACUGAAGAUGCGAAGAAACCCAUCAUCUUACCACACAACCACGAAACAGUGAUAAACGAACUGCGGCAAAAAUACCAAAUCGGCCGCCUACGCUCGUGCUUCAACCAAGCACGCAGAGAUUGCCAAAAAUGCAAGAUCGAACAAGCAGCACCAAAUCCUCCAUUUAUGGCCGACCUACCUCCUGGUCGUCUAGCAGCAUUCUCACGCCCGUUCACACACACGGGAGUCGAUUACUUCGGCCCAACUGAAGUCUUCGUUGGAUGGAGGGUUGAGAAACGCUGGGGAAUGCUAGCCACAUGCUUGACCGUUCGAGCGAUACAUAUUGAAGUAGUUCACUCGCUACCCCGUAAAUUCUACAGUGACCGGGGAACUAACUUCGUCGGAGUGGAUCGAGAGCUGAAGAAGCUUGAAGAAGUGAUCAACCAUGACGAGAUAAUGAAGGAGUUCACUAGUUCUGGCACCAUACAUGGGUGGAAGUUGGGAGCGGCUAAUACGAACAGUAAAGAGCAACCUGAUGGCUGUCUGCAUAACUAA